UCCAGUUGGUGCGUGUCGUCCGAACCGGCAAAAUGGCCGGGCCACGAAUUACGCGGUGCUUCGUCCUGUACUGUGUCGCGUUCGCCGCAGCCACAACCGCGUCACGCGCUGACGGCAUCGUAUACGAGAAAAUACCUCUCGGAGCAAUUUUUGAACAAGGAUCUGAUGAAGUGCAAACCGCAUUCAAAUUAGCUGUGUUUAAGCAUAACCAAAACAAUACUGAAAGACGAUUUGAACUACAAGCCUAUGUGGACGUGAUUAAAACUGCAGAUGCUUUUAAAUUAUCUAAACUGAUUUGCAUUCAGUUUUCGCGAGGUGUUUAUUCUAUGUUGGGAAGUGUCAGCCCAGAUUCAUUUGAUACAUUACAUUCCUAUAGCAAUACAUUCCAAAUGCCAUUUGUGACACCAUGGUUUCCCGAGCAAGUAUUGUCACCCUCAUCGGGGAUGUUAGACUAUGCGGUCAGUCUUAGACCAGACUACCACCGUGCCAUAUUGGAUACCGUUCGAUAUUAUGGUUGGACCAAUAUAAUUUAUAUGUAUGACUCACAUGAUGGACUUUUACGUUUGCAGCAGUUGUACGAAGCUUUAGACCUUGGACCAAAUAGUCUUAAAGUAGACAUGGUCAAACGUAUUCAAAAUGUAUCAGACGCUUUAAAUUUUAUUCACCAAGUAGAACGAGUGAACAGAUGGGGUAAUAAAAGAAUUGUACUUGAUUGUCCAACACUUAUGGCUAAGCAAAUUGUUGUGUCACAUGUAAAAGAUAUUCAAUUGGGAAAGAGGACCUAUCACUAUUUACUCAGUGGAUUGAUAAUGGAUGAUCAUUGGGAGACAGAAGUUAUUGAAUAUGGUGCUAUAAAUAUUACUGGAUUUAGAUUAUUGGAUAUGAAUCAAUGGUCAGUUAAACAUUUUCUAUCUGAAUGGAAAAACUUAGAUCCCAUCACUUCACCUGGAGCAGGAAAGGACACAAUUUCGGCACAAGCUGCACUUAUGCAUGAUGCGGUAUUGGUCCUUGUAGAAACCUUCGACAAGCUUUUAUGGAAAAAACCAGAUAUGUUUAAGGCGAAUAACAAGAGAACACUUUCGAACGCCAAUUCAUCUAUGUCUGGUAUUUCGUCUUCGCAAAUACUUGGUCUGGACUGUAAUAGCGGUCGGACUUCAGGAAAUCAAUGGGAACACGGUGAAAAAAUUUCACGAUUUUUAAGAAAGGUUGUAAUGGAAGGUCUGACCGGACAUAUAAUGUUUAACGACGAUGGAAAACGGUAUAAUUAUACGUUACACGUUGUACAGAUGACAAUUGAUAGUACUAUAACAAAAAUCGCAGAAUGGUCGGAUACAGAUGGUUUCAAAACAGUUGUUAGCAAACCAGAAAGGGUUCACACCUCGGGACAUUCACACAAAGGUAACGCUACAUUGAUCGUGGCCACAGUAAUGGAAGAACCGUUUAUUAUGUUUAAAAAGCCCAAGUAUGGAGAAUCCUUAGCAGGAAAUGACAGAUUUGAAGGAUAUUGUAAGGAUCUAACUACAUUAUUGGCUGAUAAAAUUGGAGUGAAAUAUGAGUUACGUACCGUCAAAGACCGGAAAUAUGGAAUGGAGAAUCAUGAAGUUAAAGGUGGUUGGGAUGGGAUGGUCGGCGAAAUAAUCAGAAAGGAAGUGGACUUGGCCAUUGCACCACUCACCAUCACGGCAGAACGGGAAAAAGUGGUUGAGUUUAGUAAGCCGUUCAUGUCAACGGCCAUUAACAUUUUGCUUAAAAAACCGUCCAAACACAAACCUGGAGCUUUUAGUUUCUUGUCGCCACUGUCACGAGAAGUGUGGAUCAGCAUCGGGUUCGCCUAUGUAGCUGUCGUGAUCGUCAUGUACGUUGUGUCGCGGUUUUCGGCACACGCCACUGCUGCGGCUCACGUUAGACCGGUGCACAACAGCUACGGCGGCGGUGGUGGUAUUGGCAUUGGCAGUGGCGGCGGCGGUUUAGGUCAUGAACUACAGCAAACCAUACCACCGCCCCCAAUGUUUGUUCAUAAUCCUUUUACGUUGGCCAAUAGUAUGUGGUUUGCAGUGGCAGCCAUCACCCAACAGGCCUGUGAUAUCGCACCGAGGACUACACCAGGACGUAUUGUUGGAGCCGUUUGGUGGUUCUUCACUGUGAUAUUGAUAUCAUCGUACGUAUCUAAUUUCACCGCGUAUUUGAUUGUGCAAAAAAUGUCCACACCAAUCAGUACACCAGAAGAUUUAGCUGCACAAACUGAAAUUGAAUACGGAGUUCUUUCUCAUAGUUCUACAUGGGAUUUUUUCAAAAGAUCACAUAGUUCGUUAUACAGUAAAAUGUGGCAGUUCAUGAACUCGCGGACACACGUGUUCGUGGAUACUUACGAUGAAGGCAUUCAACGAGUAAGGAACUCAAAUGGCAAGUUUGCUUUGCUUAUUGAGUCUCCCAAAAAUGACUUUGUGAACAUGAGGAAACCCUGUGAUACAAUGAAAGUCGGACGUAACAUAGACGUUAAGGGCUACGGUAUAGCGAUGCCACUUGGGUCUCCGCUAAGGAAUCGAAUAAAUGCUGCAAUUGUACAAUUGACUGAUAGUGGUGAACUUACAAGGUUAGAAAACAAAUGGUGGAUUGAUGAGUGUGGUUACGAAGCAAAGGAGUCUUUCCGCAAUGCUGAGCUGACGUUAAACAACAUUGCUGGUAUAUUUUACAUACUAGUACUGGGACUCAUCGUGGCCAUCGCCAUGGCAUUGUUCCAGUUCUGCUACCGGACGCAUUCGGAUCAAGCCAACUCAAAAUUUCAGUUGCCGGACGCCGUAAAAACAGUCGGAAAGUACAAGAAUAACAGGCACGACCCCGAGAACGGCGGCAGGGAAACGCCAGUGGACAUGUGUAGAGUGAUCGGCACGUAGGACAAAUUAUGUCUGUCCUCACUGGUUAUUGAAACUCCUUGGAAAUAAUCACUAUGAAAAACAAUACGUUCGAGUCCUAAAAGGAAAAAGCCUUGUACAUUUAUUAUAUAUACAGAAGCCCAUCUCCCAGAUGCAGAUGAAAAACACUUUCAACUCUUAAACUCUGGAAUUUGUUUUCCGAUAACUUGAAAUUGUUUUUUCUCUCUUGCUCUAUAUUUCUCUCUCUUUUAUCUCACUCACUCUAUCUCUUUUGCUCUCUCUCUAUCUCUCUCUCUCUCAUCAUCUCUCUCGUAUAUCUGUUUAUAUACAUUUUAAAUUGUGAAAUAUAUAUAUUUAUUAUUAUGAUUAUUUUUUUUUUUUGUAUUCUAAACUCGUUAUUGAUGUACAGUUGUAAAAGGAAAAUAUAAAAUUAACAAAAAAAAAAAAUUCCCACCUAGUAAAUUAAACAUAGUUAUAUUACUUCGAAAAUGUCAAGAUAUCAGUCAUUAUUUCAUCGUUACUAUUCAUUUGAGUAACAUUUAAACACUAAUUUCAUUGUUUUAUUGUUUUCAUUUAUUGUUUGUAUGAAUACAUAUAUAGGACUACGACUGAGAUGAUUUUGAAACAAGAAUGUGUAUAUAAAUAUUAUUCAAUAUGUUAUACUAACUUUUUCAGUACUUACUUUGAA